AAUAAAUAAGUGACGCCUCCCCAAAUAUCAGAAUUCGCUUCUUCUGAGUGUAUUUGGUUUUAGCCCCACCAACCCACUCGACGGAGUCUCCAACGCCUUCUCCCACUCUCUCACCAACUUCUGAUUCAGAUCUCCAACGAUGCAAAGCUCCGCCGUGUUUUCUCUCUCUCCGUCGCUCCCUCUCCUUAAACCACGGCGGCUCUCUCUUCGCCAUCCCUUAACAACCGCCGCCUCUUCUUCAUCAUCAUCAAACCUCAACGAUCUCAACGUUUCUCCUAAUGUCGUCUCUAUUCCUUCUCUAUCUCGUCGCUCGUGGCGUCUCGCUUCAUCUGAUUCGCCUCUCCGAGCUUGGUCCGGUGUCCCUUCGUCGAUCUCUCGGUCGUUUGAUACGAAUCGUUUCAAAACCGCCGCUACUGCAGUUCCUGAGAGUGCUGAUGAUGGAGAGAAGAGUGGCAAGUUGACGAAGAUGUUGGAACUUGGUUUGUUGUUUGCUAUGUGGUACCUUUUCAAUAUCUACUUCAACAUUUACAAUAAGCAGGUCUUGAAAGCUCUACACGCCCCAAUGACUGUAACUUUGGUUCAGUUUGCUGUUGGUAGUGUGCUUAUUACUGUUAUGUGGGCUCUUAACUUGUACAAGAGACCAAAGAUCAGUGGUGCUCAGCUAGCGGCGAUCUUGCCGCUUGCCGUUGUGCAUACACUUGGUAAUCUGUUUACGAACAUGAGUCUCGGGAAAGUUUCUGUGUCCUUUACACACACCAUUAAAGCCAUGGAGCCUUUCUUCUCUGUUUUGUUGUCUGCUAUGUUUCUUGGGGAGGCGCCUACUCCGUGGGUAAUUGGUGCCAUUAUACCAAUUGUUGGUGGAGUUGCCCUUGCUUCAAUUUCAGAGGUCUCAUUCAACUGGGCUGGAUUUACAAGUGCAAUGGCGUCAAACUUGACUAACCAAUCUCGUAAUGUGCUGAGUAAGAAAGUCAUGGUUAAGAAAGAUGAUUCUCUGGACAACAUCACCCUCUUCUCAAUUAUAACAUUGAUGUCUCUCGUUCUGAUGGCUCCUGUGACUUUCUUCUCGGAAGGCAUCAAGUUCACUCCUUCAUACAUUCAAUCAGUUGGUGUGAAUGUUCAACAAAUAUACACAAAGUCUCUUAUUGCGGCGCUAUGCUUCCACGCCUACCAGCAGGUGUCGUACAUGAUUUUGGCGAGAGUAUCGCCUGUUACACAUUCAGUUGGAAACUGCGUGAAACGUGUUGUGGUUAUUGUGAGCUCUGUCAUCUUCUUCAAGACACCUGUGUCGCCUGUUAAUGCUUUUGGAACUGGAAUCGCCCUAGCGGGAGUCUUCUUAUACUCCAGAGUGAAGGGUAUUAAGCCAAAGCCGAAGACUGCUUAAUCAAAUCAUGUGCUAAUGCCUAAUGUCAUAACACUCCCGCCCUUUGGAUUUUUAUACAAUUUCUCCUCGAGCUGAAGUUUUUCAGAUAGAUGGUUUUAUUCUUUUGCGGGUUUGUCACGAAGCUUCAUCACUUUCUAAGUUUUUUUUUUUGUUCUGCAGCCAUCUCUUCUCUUAGAGUUUCUUAUAAGUUGUUUGUUCUCUUAUGUGUCUAGACGAAUGCUAAGCUCUUAAAAUGUUUUACAGUUUUCCAAGAAUAUAUUUCCAACAAACUCACUCAA